UAAGACCAAGAAGGCCGCCGCCGCCGCCGCGGCUGCCGCUUCCGCUUCGGCCGCAUCGGGAUCACCGUCUAAGUCGAAGGCAUCUUCAGCGCCGAAAGACAAGAAGACGGCCGCCGCCAAAAAGAAGCCCGCCGCCAAGAAGGCCGCCGCGCCGGCCAAAGCGAAGGGCGGCGCAGCCCCCAAGGCCAAGAAGACCGCGAAACCACCCACGAAGAAACCAAAGGCACCUAAACCUAAGAAGGCCGCAGCCACACCCAAGUCGAAGCCCGCCGCGAAGAAAACGGCCGCAGCAAAGAAGUAA